GAACAGUUGCCAACAUAAAUUUGGAACUCGUAUCGACUUUCCAGGUUGAACAAGAGACGCAUUUAAAUCUCGCUUGAUACAAUUCUCUAUGUUUAAAUGUGGCGCUGUAAUCCGUUCAACCAAUCCCCUCACUUCACAUCACCGCCAACCAAUCACUAACCGACCUGUCACUUUUGACAUUUUUGGCACAAAUGCACUUACAUAACCUCAUUUUUUUUACGAAAAUACCUCAACGUAAUGGUUACCCCACUCGAAAAUGGAUAUCCCGUACGGUAAAGUCGCAAUUUACGUCCUAACCUUCCUUGGUUAUAUAUAUUCGGGUUACGGUUCGGGCUUCUUGACUAACCUCCGAGACGCUGUUCUUUCUGCCGAGACAGUCUUCGGAGACGUCUUGCAAAACGUCCUAAAGGUUGCUAAAAAUUUCCGAAACUUGCACGAGGUGUUUGAUGCCGCUGUUGAAGAGCAUUGUAUCUACAAGUGCCCCACAGGUGCCCCACCGAAGCCAAACAGGAACCAUGUACCAUCGGCCGAUGGGUGCGGGUCAUUGGGGCUUAAAAUAAACAGCGAUUAUUUGCCAGUGGGCGAAAUGAAGAAAUGUUGUGAUAUGCAUGAUAUUUGUUAUGAUACUUGUAACAGUGAUAAGGAGGUUUGUGAUAUGGAGUUUAAGAGGUGUUUGUACAAGUACUGUGAUGGGUAUGAGCAAGCUGUUGGUGGAGCGUCUGUUGUCAAAGCGUGCAAGGGGGCUGCCAAGAUGUUGUUCACGGGGACGUUGACUCUGGGGUGCAAGUCGUACAUGGACGCCCAACGCAAGGCCUGCUAUUGUCCCCCUGAAUACGGCUGGAAAGACAAGAAGAACCGGAAGUAUACCCGAGGCGAUGAGCUAUAGUUUAAUUAAAUUAUUUUAUUUU